AUGCGUCUCUUCCUCCUCCCCAUCUCGACGCGACGCACAUUUCUAUACGCCCAGCGCCUCCACGCAGCAUCCGUCAAGACCGACGCAUCGUACAUUGAUCGCGGAGCCACUUGGGCCGCGCGCAAAUGGUCAGAGUGGGAGAAGAAAGAGUCCGGGUGGCAGAAGAAAGUCGUCGGGUACGGGAACCACGCCUUUCGACGCAUCUCUUACGAGGAGUGGGGGCUCAAGUCGGUGCCGCCCUUGUCGAACAGGAGGCGGCAGGAGCAAGCUCAAAGCAAGGAGCAGGUCGAGCUGCUCUUCCCCAAGGAUGUGAUUAGACGGGAAGACGCUGUCCACGUGUUGCGGAAGCUCGGCGUUGAGAGGGAAGGCUUGCACAGACGGAAGAUGCUGUGGUGUCUUGUCGGCAUGCCUAUUACCAUUCCGUUCGCGCUGGUGCCGGUGAUCCCCAAUCUGCCCUUCUUCUACCUCGUGUACCGCGCGUGGUCGCAUUGGCGAGCCAUUGCUGGCGGGCAGCACAUCCAAUGGCUUGUGGAAAACGACCUUGUCAAGCCUACGUCGUCCCCUAUCCUCAAUGCGUGGUACGGCCAGGCCGUCGGAUCGUCACAGCCACAACAACAGCAACAACAGCAACAACAACAACAACAGCUGCCCCGUGGAGUGCAGGGUAGAAGCAGAGAGCGGUUGCUUCUCACCCAGGGCCAAGUGCGAGACCUCUCAAAGAGUCUGGGCAUGCCGGCACUGGAAAUUGAGCUAGAGAGAGCGAUUUGGCAAGUAGAGCGGGCGAUUCAAAAGGACGACGACAGCGCCAGCUGUGCCGAAGCGCAAGGCAAGAAACACGCGGCGGCGUCUGGACGAGCGUCUCGCCGAGACAAACGCGCAGACCAGCAAUCAUGA